AUGGGUUCUAGAAAGAAAUCUAGUAAAAAUACCGUUAGUAGUAGCAGUCAAGAUGACAAUGAUGCUAAAAAUGAUUACCAAGAUAUCCAAUCACAAUUAGACCUUUUGAAGCAAAAAAUUAUUGAAGAUUCGAUAGAUGAUAUCAAACACUCUAGCAAUAAGAAUAAUACCAAUAACCCUAUCUUGAAUAGUCUUUUAUCACAAUUGGACACCACAGAUAUUAGUCCUUCGUUUUUGAAAGAUUUCAACUUGAAUACAUCAAAUUUAGAUUUACAACAUAAUAUGUCUAUUCUAAUGGAAAUUAAUUCGAAAUUAAUUUUGGAAAAUAGAAAAUUAUUAAAUGAUAAUAUUAAUUAUGAGAAAAGUAUCAAUGAUAUUACUUUUGAAAAUGAAAAAUUGGUAGAUUCUAAGAAAAAAAUUAUUGAUAAUUAUUAUUCCAAUGAAACUCAGUUGAUUAAAUUGAAAGAUCUGAAUUGGGAUUUGGAAAACAAAUUGAAAUCAAUAAACAAAGAUUAUAAUUCCAUGAAAAUGAAAAUGCUGAAAUUAAAUGAUGAAUUAGAUAGUAAAAAUUCUUCGAUUGAAAAUCAAAUAAAAUCAUUAAAUGAUUUAAAUUUAAAGAAAAAUAAUUUAGAAAAAGAUAUCAAUAAAAUUAAAUUCAAUUAUAAUAACGAAAUCAAUAAUUUGAAUGAAAGAAUUUCAAAUUUGAAUGAUGAAAAUGAUGCUUUACAAUCUAAAUUAAAUAAUCAAAACUCCAAAAAAUUAAGUAUAAAUACACCACCUUCUUCUUCAAAUUCAAUUAUUACACAAUUACAAGAUACAAAUUCUCAAUUAAAAGAGGAAAUUGAAAAAUUAAGAUUUAAACAGCAAAAUGAACAAAUUAAUUCACAAACAAAAUCUUCCAGAUCUUCUUCCAUUUCUCAAGAUUCAUUGAAAUUCGAUUCUAAUGGUGAAUUAGUUAUUAACUCUAUGGAUUCUUCUUCAAUUAAAAGUCUUUCUCAAAGUAAUUGUCCGUUAACAUUGAAUGAAGUCGAAAAAUUUGUGGAAUUAAAUGAUAUGAUUCUUUUACCAAAGGAAAGAUAUAAUAGUUUAGAAAAUUUAACAAAUUUAAAUUUCAAUCAAUUAAAAGAUAUCUUAAUUAAAAGGGAUUUUGUUCUUUUAACCAAAGAUAAUUAUAAAACUUUAAAAUCUUUAUCAACUUUAUCUGACAAAGUUAUAAUUAAUAGAUUAACAAAUGAUGGGUAUAAAGUUUUAAAUAAAGAUGAACAAUUACAAAAUGAGACAAUCAUAAAAAAUUUGAAAAACCCAAAUUUGGAAACUCUAACCUUAUAUGCUAAGGCUAUUGGACAAUGUAUUAUGGAAAAAAAAAUAUUCGAAAAUCUACAACACCCAGACUUCAAUAAAAUUAAACAAUUGGCUAAAGACAUAAAUGCUAAAGUUUUGACUGAUUCUGAAUAUGAGAAAUUGAUUCACCCAGACUUGCAGGCUAUCUCCAAGUUUGCUGAAGAAGCUGAUAGCAAGGUUGUUUCUGCGGCUGAGUACGAGAAAUUGACUCACCCAGACUUGCAGGCUAUUUCCAAGUUUGCUGAAGAAGCUGAUAGCAAGGUUGUUUCUGCGGCUGAGUACGAGAAAUUGACCAAGCCUGAUUUGACCGCUUUGACUGCUCACGCCAAGUCUGCGAACCACAAGUUGGUGUCAGACGAAGAUUACAACAAGAUGAAGAACCCUGAUUUGGAGACUAUUGCUAAACAUGCUGCUGGUAUGAACAACAAGGUUGUAUCUGCAACUGAGUACGAGAAAUUGACUCACCCAGACUCGCAGGCUAUUUCCAAAUUUGCUGAACAAGCUGAUAGCAAGGUUGUUUCUGCAGCUGAGUACGAGAAAUUGACUCACCCAGACUUGCAGGCUCUCUCCAAAUUUGCUGAAGAAGCUGAUAGCAAGGUUGUUUCUGCGGCUGAGUACGAGAAAUUGACUCACCCAGACUUGCAGGCUAUCUCCAAAUUUGCUGAACAAGCUGAUAGCAAGGUUGUUUCUGCGGCUGAGUACGAGAAAUUGACCAAGCCUGAUUUGACCGCUUUGACUGUUCACGUCAAGUCUGCGAACCACAAGUUGGUGUCAGACGAAGAUUACAACAAGAUGAAGAACCCUGAUUUGGAGACUAUUGCUAAACAUGCUGCUGGUAUGAACAACAAGGUUGUAUCUGCGGCUGAGUACGAGAAAUUGACCAAUCCUGAUUUGACCGCUUUGACUGCUCACGCCAAGUCUGCGAACCACAAGUUGGUGUCAGACGAAGAUUACAACAAGAUGAAGAACCCUGAUUUGGAGACUAUUGCUAAACAUGCUGCUGGUAUGAACAACAAGGUUGUAUCUGCAGCUGAGUAUGAGAAAUUAACCAAGCCUGAUUUGACCACUUUGACUGUUCACGCCAAGUCUGCGAACCACAAGUUGGUGUCAGACGAAGAUUACAACAAGAUGAAGAACCCUGAUUUGGAGACUAUUGCUAAACAUGCUGCUGGUAUGAACAACAAGGUUGUAUCUGCGGCUGAGUACGAGAAAUUGACUCACCCAGACUUGCAGGCUAUCUCCAAGUUUGCUGAAGAAGCUGAUAGCAAGGUUGUUUCUGCGGCUGAGUACGAGAAAUUGACUCACCCAGACUUGCAGGCUCUCUCCAAAUUUGCUGAACAAGCUGAUAGCAAGGUUGUUUCUGCGGCUGAGUACGAGAAAUUGACCAAGCCUGAUUUGACCGCUUUGACUGUUCACGCCAAGUCUGCGAACCACAAGUUGGUGUCAGACGAAGAUUACAACAAGAUGAAGAACCCUGAUUUGGAGACUAUUGCUAAACAUGCUGCUGGUAUGAACAACAAGGUUGUAUCUGCAGCUGAGUACGAGAAAUUGACCAAGCCUGAUUUGACCGCUUUGACUGCUCACGCCAAGUCUGCGAACCACAAGUUGGUGUCAGACGAAGAUUACAACAAGAUGAAGAACCCUGAUUUGGAGACUAUUGCUAAACAUGCUGCUGGUAUGAACAACAAGGUUGUUUCUGCGGCUGAGUACGAGAAAUUGACUCACCCAGACUUGCAGGCUAUUUCCAAAUUUGCUGAACAAGCUUAUAGCAAGGUUGUUUCUGCAGCUGAGUACGAGAAAUUGACUCACCCAGACUUGCAGGCUAUCUCCAAGUUUGCUGAAGAAGCUGAUAGCAAGGUUGUUUCCGCAGCUGAGUACGAGAAAUUGUUACAUCCUGAUAUUACUGUUGUAAAGGAAUAUGCAGAUAUGUUCGAGAGUGUAGUUACUCCUAUAUCUGAAUAUGACACUUUUAUUAAACCUGAUUUAGCUUCAAUUGCCACUUUUGCAGAAAAUUGUGAAAUGAAAUUGUUACCAUUUGAAGAAUAUGAGAAACUAAGCCAUCCAGAUUUAUCUGCAAUGGUUGAAUUUAUUGAGACGAAUCAUAAGAAGAAAGUAUUAGAUGCUGAAGACUAUAAUCGUAUUAUUCAUCCAAGUAGAAAAAGAUUAUCUAGAGUGGCUGGUACUAUUGGUUUAAAAGUUAUUCCUAAGGAAGAUUUAGAGGUUUUAUUACAUCCAGCACUUCAUGAUAUUAUUGAGAUGGCCAAAGAGAAAAAUUCUUUUGUGCUUUCUGAAGAGGAAUAUAAUAAACUCCGUAACCCUGAUCUGACUACUCUAACUAAAUUUGCAGAAGGUGCUAAUAGAAAAUUAAUUAGUGAAGCUGAAUUGAAGGAAUUGACUCAAACUUCUUCUACUAGUGUAAUUCCCGAAAAUUCAGACGAAGAGGUUAACGACUUUGUUGAUGCGUCUGAUGAUUUAAAAUCAUUAAUGAGUGAAAGAUCUCGUACACUUGUUACUUCGCCAACUAAAAAUCGUAAUUCUAGAUUAAGAACUCAAAAUUCAUUGAUUAAUAAAAAAAUGGUUAAAUCCACUAAUGUAAUGGAUAAUUAUUCGUGGACCAAAGAUGAUGUUUCUAAAGCUGCAGCAAAUAUGGAUUUACUAUUGAUUAAUAAAUAUGAAUAUAAAAGUUUAUUGAAAAAUAAAAAGACAUCAGAAUCGAAUAUAAUUUCUACACCUGGAGAAUUAUCUAAGAAAGCUGAAGAAUUAAAUAUGAUUUCCUUUAAUGUUAAUGAUACCAAUGAACUAUUCAAGAAUGCUAAUUUGUAUUUAAGUUUUGAUCAAAUUAAACAACUUGCCGAUUCACAUAAUUUGGAAGUGAAUUCUAUAAGCCAAGAAAAAGAAGCUUCUAAGGAACAAGAUAUACAAGAUUUGGCUACACAGAAGGGAAUGGUUUGUAUUCCAGCAUCGUCCUUUAUUGCUACAAACAAAUCUUCAAAGCCAAACCCUUCCAAAGACGUUAUCCUACCUUCCACUUAUUAUUUUGAAUUAAUUAAGAAUGGUAAGAGACAAUGGCGUAAGACAGUUACUAAUGAAGAAUUGAAAGAAGAAUGUAUGAAACGUGGUAUUAUUAAGAAGAAAAUUUUGGAAAACGAGUCCAAGAAAAAUAAAACAAUUGAAAGUGAUGAGAUAAAGACAAAAGAUUUCACUAAACCUAUAACACCAACAAAUAAUGACAUAUUAUCAAACAAGAGUUCUAUUGUGUCGUUAAGUUCUCAAGCCUCUGGUUCUCAUACAAGACAAUCAACGUCAUCACCCUCCACAAGGCAAUCUAAUUCUCCUCAAUUAAGUACUUUUAGAGAUCGUCAUUAUGGGAAACAAAAUACUACUCUACGCGGUCAAGCCUCUAGCCCCACAGGAAUUCCUUCCAUCCCAUCAAUGAAUACCAUCACUUCCAUUUCGGAACCAAAUAUUAUUCCUGCUAUUACACAAACAGUUGUUGGUGAAUAUGUGUAUAAAUAUUAUUCCAAAUUUGGAGUAGGUAAUAAUGAAAGAACCCGUCAUGAAAGAUACUUUUGGAUUCAUCCUUACACAAUGACUCUAUAUUGGUCUGAUAAGAAUCCAUUGAUUGAUAACCCAUCAGAUGGACGCACAAGAUGUGUACCUAUAUUGGGAGUGGAAUCUGUAGUGGACCAUAACCAAAUGCCAAUAGGCUUAUAUUCUGAAAGUAUUAUAAUCAAAUCUGAGGACCGUACUGUUAAAUUCACAUGCACUACUCGCCAACGUCAUAAUAUCUGGUAUUUCUCGUUACGGUAUUUGAUCCAACGUAAUCUUGAAGGAAUCAAUCUGGAAAGUAUUAGUCAAGAUCUGAUGACUGAUACAAUAUACGGUGGUGGUAUUUACCCAAUUGAAGGUGAGAGCACUACAGAUGCUACUAAACGUUUAUCCAACACAAGACAUCAAACAAGAAGUAACAGUUUAAGAACCGCCAGACCGGGACAAAUUUCCAGAAAGGGACUGAAGAAUUCUCAGUCCAUGACAAAUAUGCGCUAG